UGCCGAGCGUAGAGUGUAGACGUUACGUACAUUGAACAUUCAGUAACAACCGACCCGCCGACGUCGGUGUGUGUGUGUGCGUCUCGUUUUGGUUCCCAGCUAGCGGACGACGAAUUAUAAUACUAUUAUUAUUUUAAUCGUUGUAGGGAUAAUAAUAUUAUUAUCAUACCGUGAUACCAAUAAUAUUGCUUGUACUGUGGUUAGUCAUCGCUGUCGUAAAUCACUCGUCUUAUCUCGUAGUGUUCGACAAAGGAUCAUCAGUAAGUCGUGGAGUCGAGUGCCGUGCGUCAAUUACCCUAGAUAACGGUCGCGAUGUGCGCUAAAAAUACGAAUUUCGUCGACACCGACGUCGACUUGCACCUGAAGAUAUCCAAUUACGAGGAGACGGUCAAACACUUGGACAUCUACUACGGCAUAGUGAAAAGGCAACUGUUGAGAUAUCAAAGUGCAAUAACUGGUCUAUUUCCAGUAUUGUCAGAUGAUGAAAAAGUGGCCAGCGUUAGAGAUAGCGUGUAUUGUGCUGCUGCAAUUUGGAGUUUAUUUCAAGCGUAUAGGCGAAUAGAUGACGACAGAGGGAAAUCUUAUGAGUUGGGUCAGUCUGCGGUGAAAUGCAUGAGAGGAAUAUUGGCAUGCUGGAUAAGACAGGCGGAUCUGAUAGAAUGCUUCAAAAAACAUCAAUGCAAUAAAUUUGCAUUACACUCAAAGUUUAAUUUAAAAAAUGGUGAUGUUGUUCACUCUGGUGACGGAUAUCCUCAUUUACAGAUUGAUGCCGUAUCGUUGUACCUAAUAUAUUUGGUCCAAAUGACUACAUCAGGGUUGCAAAUAAUUUAUACGAAGGACGAAGUUGCGUUUGUGCAAAAUUUAGUAUACUAUAUAGAACGUGCGUACAGAACGCCAGAUUACGCUAUGUGGGAACGUGGUAGUUCGUACAAUGACAACACACCUGAAAUUCAUGCAAGUUCUAUUGGUAUGGCAAAAAGUGCAUUGGAAUCUAUUAACGGAUGCAAUCUAUUUGGUGACAAAGGAGCCUCUUGGUCUGUAAUAUACGUAGAUAUUGACGCACACAACAGGAACAGAAGUAUAUUUGAAACCUUAUUACCUCGAGAGUCUAGUUCAAAAGCUGUUGAUUCGUCAUUGAUAACGACCGUGUCCUACCCCGCCUUCGCCACUCACGAGGACGUGCUGGUGUCGUAUACCAAGGCCAACAUCGUGAAAAAACUAAAAGGUCGCUAUGGGUUCAAACGAUUUAAGAGGGAUGGUUACAAAUGUGCCAUUGAGGACAAAAAGAGAAAGUUCUACAACAUCGGGGAAACCAAGGAUUUCGAAAAUAUAGAGAACGAAUGGCCGUUAUUUUAUCUGUACAUGAUAAUCGACGGAGUGUUCAAAAACUUACCACAACAGGUCAAGGAGUACAAAACGCUGCUGAAGGACGUCAUGACCAUCGACAGUUUCGGCGAUCCAUACGUACCAAUGUUCUAUUAUAUCACGAAGGAGAACGUGGAAUAUGAAAGGGCGGACCCCGGCAGUCAACUGAGGUCGGCCGGUCCCAAGUACGAGGACAGUAAGGAUUCACCGUUGUUCUUGUGGAACCAAGCGUUAUAUGUCAUAGCUGAGCUGCUCACUUCUAACUUAUUGCACAUAAAUGAACUGGACCCGAUUCGUCGAUACUUACCGUCCUACAACAGACCCAAACGGCCAGGUCGUUAUUCUGCAUUUCAGACAAGGCAGAGUUCUGGGACUGCUACCGAUUUAGUUGUUCAAGUAGUUCUCAUAGCAGAAUCCAUGCGAUUGCAAGCGAUGAUGGCUACUUACGGCAUCCAAACGCAAACGCCUCACGAAGUUGAACCAGUACAAAUCUGGUCAUCCACUGAGCUGAUGAAAGUGUACACGAAUUUGGGAAUAAACGACAAAUUGAAAUUGACCGGAAGACCGUUAAGGCCUAUUGGAGCGCUUGGGACUAGUAAGAUGUACAGAGUUUGCGGAAUGACUGUUCUGUGCUAUCCGCUUAUAUUCGAAGUAUCCGAGUUCUAUCUCUAUCGAGACAUGUCACUGUUGAUCGAUGACAUUAAAACUGAAUUGAAAUUUGUCAGCCGAUUUUGGCGUCUGUCUGGUAGACCAACAAUUUGCUUGUUAAUACGAGAAGAGCACAUGAGAGAUCCGCAGUUUGAAGAGAUGUUGGAUUUAUUCGCAAUGUUAAAAAAAGGCCACUGCGAUGGCAUCAAAGUGAGGAUUGGAAGAUUACAAAAUUUACUAUCUUCUUCGUGCAUGGAACAUUUGGAUUUCGUGAAUAAUAUUGGUGCCCAAGAUUUUGAAUUUCAACCUUUCAAACAAUUGGAGUAUGAUUACAGCGGUUAUCAGAGUUUGACAGAUGUACCCAAAGCUGUGGUUUAUUCGGAAGAUAUUAUAAACGUGCAGACCUAUCAGCACAAGAGUACUAACGAAAUUAUUCAGACCAUAAAUGAUGGAGUUGGAUUAUUUUCGCAAGCUCAGCUGUAUGGAUUGUUGUUAAAAAAAGAAGGCAUUGAAAAGAAAGUUAACGGAUACACAAUCGGACACCAUCUAACGAAUUUAUACCACAGCGCUGGUUGUUUACACUACUGGAUCGCCGUACGAUACUGCAGCAGCCUGUUGCGACACGCCGUCGACAGCAUCAGUCCAUUUAUAACGACCGUUUUGGUCAACGGAAAACAACUCACCGUCGGUGUCGUUGACCAAAUGGAAACGGUGUUUGAUAAGCCAAUGACGCCGGCGGCCAUCCACUCAAUAAUGUAUUCCACCAUACAACCGUUUAACGUUAUACAAGCCGUACUUCAACAGGAAAUAAUUUUAUACUGUGGCCGGCUAAUAGCCACCAACCCCGAUAUGUUCAAAGGCAUUUUGAAAAUUAGAGUUGGAUGGGUGAUGGAAGCUAUGACGUUGCAAUUAAAUUCCGGCAAGAAAAAACAAUUGUUGGUCGAAAACUUGAGUCCAUAUGCCAUAAGGAAAUUGUUACAAAAGAUAUUUACAGUCAAAGAAUGGGGGCAAAUAGAGCAGAUCGACAUGCUGCAAAAGCGAAAGCUUGAGGGUUGCUUGUGCAGGGUACCCAAUCGGUUCUACAACCAAGUGUGGGACAUACUACGACGUACUCCUAGAGGUAUCCGUUUCCGGAAUCAAGUAAUGCCGCAGCAGCCCACCAUCAACAACAUGACGCACUCUGAGCUUCAGUUCGCGUUGUACGUCGAAACCAUGUUGAACCAACUAGAAAAGCCUGAGUACAGACAACUCAUUGUCGAGCUGCUUUGUAUAGUUUCAACAAUACUCAUCCGGAAUCCCGAACUCACACUGAAGGAGUUAAACCUGGACAGCUUGGUCACCGAGGCUAACAAAAUGUAUUGCAAG